GGCUGGACAAACUACAGUGUACUGUACUGUCGCUUGCGGCAAUUUGAUUGUGUUGAUCUUAGGCUUGUCUUAUUGAUUUCCUCACACCCAUCUCUCCACGCAACGUACCUUCAAACUGAACGCUAACUUUUCCAUAUUUUUCCUUAUUCUGAUAAUUUAUCAAAAAUUAUCCCUGUUGUCUGGGAGUUGCACACCACAGGAAACAACUCCAAAAAUCUGAAGUCACUGCCCAACAUAAUCGAACAAUCGUCAAUAAACCAACUGGUAUAUACUAGCUCUUCACGUUAAUAUUGGAAAGGUUGUUUCUGACCUACUAGAAUGACAGUGUCAGAUGAUAGCAGUGUAAAUCGCGAAAAGACAUGUCCACUGUUACUAAGAAUGUUCUGCAGUACAAAGAAACAUAAUAACGUUUUGGAGUAUUCUAGGGGUCGUACCCCAAUAAAUGAACUCCAAGUAUAUACAUGGUUUGAUGCUACUCUAAGAGAACUUGCAUCUCUUGUUAAACAAGUUAACCCAGAAUCCCGUAGAAGAGGAACGUUGUUUGAUUUCGCCUUGGUUUUUCCGGAUCACCGAUCACCAGUGUACAGAAUGCGUGAAUUGGGUACAGUUUGUUCUGGUUCUCCUUCCGAUACAGACCGCAUCAUGUUAAAAGAUGUACAAUUUACAAUUGGAGAUAUGAUUGAUGUUGCUAUCACACCACCCUUAACUGAUACAAAUGCUCCAUUUAUUAAAAACGAUUCAUUAAUACUAGACUCUGGUCGUCGUUUAUCAAAACAAAAUAAUCCCAUCACUCGUAAUCGUCGUUCACAUGAAAAAUAUCAUGAACAUCCUCCUAAUAGUAAUAAUCCUGAUUUGGAGUCUUCUAAAUAUCGUCGACAUGUAAACAAUGUUAAUUUAACUUCUCAGGAUAAAACAGAGAAGUCUGAAUCUGGUAAAGAGUCAAGAAUUGAUAAGUCGAGUGAUGGACGUUAUAACUAUAAAGUAAAUGCUCGUCGAGUUGUACCGUACUAAUAAACAUAAUAUUUCAUUCAACAUGUGUCAAAUAACUUUUGUAUAUUAUAUAUGGUAAAAUUUCGUUGUAUAUUCCUUAAAUAAAUAAAUAAUAUAUACACUGUUCUUAUCUACUUGAUAUGUUUGUUAGUAACAUUUCUACACUAGUCCUAUCGAGUGUAAGUUACACUAAAAGUCUGGUACUACGGUCAACCCCAUUCUAGCCUCAAUAUAUUGUUUAAUCUAACCCACAUUUUUACUCUGUCACUUAUUUGCUUAUCAACCUUGACUAUUUUUAAGUAUGUGCAUGUGUGUGUAUUUCUUGUUUUAUUCAUCACAUGUCUGUAACUUAAUUUUGUCUGACUAUAAAAAUCGAUUCACGCUUGGUUACACCAAGUUGGCUUACAUACCUUCUCCACUGCGCGUCAUUUUGCUUCACUCUCUUCGUUCCUCCCAUCGUUUGUCUGAAUCAACAAUGGUAUGAAAUACACGCACUCAGAAUCGAGUCGUAUUUAAAUUACUAAAUUUUGUUAUUCGCGAGUUAAGUCGAUUAUUAUAUACGACGGCAGCUGGGAUGUAUACUUUGACAGCAAUCAUUUGUCCAAUCAAACUGGAGUCAGAUAUAGUACUACCAAAAAGAACUCCACUAGCUCCA